UGAAGAUUGAGCUUCACACAGACUAAAACUUCCUCCUGUGUCCAACAUCUGAUACUAGAAGGGGAGGAAUUGCAGACAGAAGUCACAAACCAAAUUGCAUGUCAAAUCUGACAGAGUCACUUGAUUUACUGGGACCUGAAUAUCAUUGGCUUUUCAAUGUGGAAGGAGAAAUGUUUCCCUGUUCUGCCUGCUUCAAAAAGUACUAAAGAUCCAUGUGAGUGGAACAGCAGCAAGACACACACACACCCGAGUGAGAGUGUUUCAGUGCACUGACUGUGGAAAGAGCUUUAACCAGUUACUCAGUUGAGAAAAUAUCGCACCAUUCACACUGAGGAGAGACAUCAUACAUGUUCUGUGUGAAGACAAAGCUUCAACUGACCAUCGGACCUGGGAAGACAUAAGGGCAUCCACAUCAUGGAGAAACCGUGGAAAUGUGGGGACUGUGGGAAGGGAUUCAAAACCCCAUCGAAGCUGGAGAUUCAUCGACGCAGCCACACUGGGGAGAGGCCAUUCACUUGCUUUGUGUGUGGGAAGGGAUUCAGAGAUUUAUACACCCUGCGGUCACACAAGCGAGUUCACACCGGGGAGAGGCCAUUUACCUGCUCCGUGUGUGGGAAGCGAUUCACUCAGUCAUCCAUCCUUCGAAGACACCAUGUCACUCACACCAAUGAGAGACCCUUUAAAUGCUCUGACUGUGGCAGUGGCUUUAAAAGUGCUGCAGUUCUGAGGGUCCAUCAGCGCAUUCACACUGAGGAAAGACCAUUCAGCUGUUCUCGCUGUGCGAUGAGAUUUAGCACGUCAUCCAACCUGGGGACACAUCAGCGAGUUCACACCGGAGAGAGGCCAUUUACCUGCUGCGAGUGUGGGAAGGGAUUCAGUAAUUCAUGUAACUUGUUGGCACACCAACGAGUUCACACCGGGGAGAGGCCAUUCACCUGCUCCGUGUGUGGGAAGGGAUUUACUCGAUUAUCCCACCUGCUGCAACAUCAGCGAGUUCAUACUGGAGAGAAGCCAUUCACCUGUUCUGAGUGCCAGAAGGGGUUCGCUGAUUCAUCUGCCCUCCUCACACACCAACGAAUUCACACUGGGGAGAAGCCAUUCACCUGCUCCAUGUGUGGGAAGGGAUUCACUCAGUCACCAGGCAUUAAUAGGGAGGACUUGUUGACAGGAAAUGCAAACCAAACAUCACGUCAUGAUCUGAUAGCACGAUUCAACUUAUCAGGGCCUGACUAUUAUCAGCCUUUGAAUGCAGAACGGAAAAUUAUUUGUCGAUCUACUGAAAAGUUUUCAGCUAUCAGCGAUCAGCAGAUCGAACUGAGAAACUGGGCAACAAUUAAAAGGGACAAGAAGAAAGUUAAGAGAAUAAACUUCUUUACCCAGAGAGUGGUGGGAAUGUGGAUCUCGCUCCCAUGGGAGGUGGGUGAGGUGAAUAGGAUAGAUGUCUGUAAGGGGAAGCUGGAUAAACACAUGAAGGAGAAAGAAACAGAAGAAUAUGUUGUGUCCCACCUGCAGAGACCCAAGGACAUCAAAACCAUGGAGAAACUGUGGAAAUGUGGGGACUGUGGGAAGGGAUUCAGAUCCCCAUCUAAGCUGGAAAUCCAUCGACGCAGUCACACUGGGGAGAGGCCAUUCACCUGCUCCAAGUGUGGGAAAGGAUUCAUUCAGUCAUCCCAUCUGCAAACACACCAGCAAGUUCACACUGGAGAGAGGCCGUACAUGUGCUCUGUGUGUGGGAAAGGAUUUACUCAGUCAUCCCAUCUGCAGACACAUCAGCAAGUUCACACCGGGGAGAGACCAUUCCCCUGCUCUGAGUGUGGGAAGGGAUUCACUCGGUUAUCCCACCUGCUGACACACCAGCGAGUUCACACCGGGGAGAGGCCAUUCACCUGCUUAGAUUGUGGGAAGGGAUUCAGUGAUUCAUCCAACUUAUUGGCACACCACCGAGUUCACACUGGAGAGAGGCCAUUCACCUGCACUGUGUGUGGGCAGCGAUUCAGUCAGUCAUCCAGCCUGCUGAGACACCAUGCCAGUCACACCGAUAAGAGACCCUUUAAAUGCUCUGACUGUGGGUGUGGUUUCAAAAGUGCUGUGGUCCUGAUGUUCCACCAGCGCAUUCACACUGAGGAGAGACCGUUCAGCUGCUCUCACUGUGCAAAGAGCUUCAGAACGUCAUCCAGCCUGUGGAGACACCAGCGAGUUCACACUGGAGAGAGGCCGUUUACCUGCACUGAGUGUGGGAAGGGAUUCAGUGAUUCAUCCAACCUGCAGAAGCACCAGCGAGCUCACAAGUGAUUACAGGAGUUGGAUUCUGCUGUUAUUGCUGCUGUUAAUCACAUCCAGGACUGAACCAUGUUCAUUCUGACACUUGGUGAAGUGGGAGGGUCGGAGGGUUUCUUUCUGUUGGACUGGUCAGUCUCAUGACUUUGCUUCCAGUGGGCUGAUGCUUUUGAGCCUGGGAGUGCACAUGUUCAGCAGAGCUGAUCAAGUCCAUUUCUUUUAUCCUGGAGAGUAAAUAGUGUUUUUCCAACACGACAGGUCAAUCUAACAUAAAUAUAUUUGUCUCUGUUCCAUUGAGUCUACAGCACAGGGCCAGGCCAGUCGGCUCAUUUGGUCUCUGUCAGUAUUUAUGCUCCCCAUGAGCCUCCACCCACCCCUCUUCAUCUCUCUCAUCAGCAUAUCCUUCUAGUCCUUUCUCCCUCAUGUAUGUAUCUAGCUUCCCCUUAAACGUAUUCAUGCUUUUCACCUCAACCACUCGCUGUGGUAGCAAGUUCCACAUUCUUACCACUCGCUGGAUAAAGAGGUUUCUCAUGAAAUCCCUAUUGGAUCAUUGAAUCCCUUUAUCAUCUUAAAGACUUCCAUCAAGUCACCCUUCAGUCUUCUCUUUUCUAGAGAAAAGCAGCCCCAGCCUUUCCUGAGGGUUAAAUGCUCUCAGUUCUGGUAUUAUCCUUGUGAAUCUUUGUUGCCCCUUCUCCAAUGCCUCUAUUUCCUUUUUCCAAAUGGAGAUCACAUAUGUUGAUAGUACUCCCAGUGUAGUGUAACUAUGGUUCGAAACAAGUUGAACAUAACGUCCCUGCUUUUCAAUUCUAUCCCCCUAGAAUGGAACCCAAUAUCUGGGCCCCACACUUUAGGACAGAUGUGUAGUUCUUCGAGAGGGUGCAGAGGAGAUUGACGAGAAUGGCAGCAAGGAUGAGGGACUUCAAUUAUUUAGAGAGACUGGAGCAGCUGAAAUUGUUCUUUUUCAACCACAGAGUCACUAGGGCAGCGAAGGAGGCCAUUCAGCCCAUUGUGUGAAUGCCAGCUCACUGCAGAGCAAACCAGUCAAUCCCAUUGCCUCGUUCUAUCCCUGUCACCCUGAAAAUUUAUUUCCCUCAACUGCCCAUCCAAUUUCCUUUUGAAACUGUUCACUGUCUCUGCUUCCACCCACCUCGUAGACAGCGAGUUCCAGGUCAUCACCACUCA